GUAUAUAAAUAAUCGAGUUUCGGCUCUGAGCAGUUAGGCCUAUUCUAGGCGCAGAAUCGGUACUAUAAAAGGAACUGUUCUUGAUCUAGAUUUCUAGAUCCUUCUUAAAUAUUAGGUCUAGAUUAGAUCAAAAAAGGCAAAUCCGUCAAAGAAACUCAAAAUGCAGAUCUUUGUCAAGACCCUUACUGGCAAGACCAUUACACUUGAGGUUGAGCCCUCAGACACCAUUGACAAUGUCAAAGCCAAAAUCCAAGACAAAGAAGGAAUUCCACCAGAUCAACAGCGUCUCAUCUUUGCUGGUAAACAACUUGAAGAUGGCCGCACGUUGUCAGAUUACAACAUUCAGAAAGAAUCGACACUGCAUUUAGUCCUUCGUCUGAGAGGUGGUAUGCAGAUCUUUGUCAAGACCCUCACUGGCAAGACCAUUACACUUGAGGUUGAGCCCUCAGACACCAUUGACAAUGUCAAAGCCAAAAUCCAAGACAAAGAAGGAAUUCCACCAGAUCAACAGCGUCUCAUCUUUGCUGGUAAACAACUUGAAGAUGGCCGCACGUUGUCAGAUUACAACAUUCAGAAAGAAUCGACACUGCAUUUAGUCCUUCGUCUGAGAGGUGGUAUGCAGAUCUUUGUCAAGACCCUCACUGGCAAGACCAUUACACUUGAGGUUGAGCCAUCAGACACCAUUGACAAUGUCAAAGCUAAAAUCCAAGACAAAGAAGGAAUUCCACCAGACCAACAGCGUCUCAUCUUUGCUGGUAAACAACUUGAAGAUGGCCGCACCUUGUCAGAUUAUAACAUUCAGAAAGAAUCGACACUGCAUUUAGUCCUUCGUCUGAGAGGUGGUAUGCAGAUCUUUGUCAAGACCCUCACUGGCAAGACCAUUACACUUGAAGUUGAGCCAUCAGACACCAUUGACAAUGUCAAAGCUAAAAUCCAAGACAAAGAAGGAAUUCCCCCAGAUCAACAGCGUCUCAUCUUUGCUGGUAAACAACUUGAAGAUGGCCGCACCUUGUCAGAUUACAACAUUCAGAAAGAAUCGACACUGCAUUUAGUCCUUCGUCUGAGAGGUGGUAUGCAGAUCUUUGUCAAGACCCUCACUGGCAAGACCAUUACACUUGAGGUUGAGCCCUCAGACACCAUUGACAAUGUCAAAGCCAAAAUCCAAGACAAAGAAGGAAUUCCCCCAGAUCAACAGCGUCUCAUCUUUGCUGGUAAACAACUUGAAGAUGGCCGCACGUUGUCAGAUUACAACAUUCAGAAAGAAUCGACACUGCAUUUAGUCCUUCGUCUGAGAGGUGGUAUGCAGAUCUUUGUCAAGACCCUCACUGGCAAGACCAUUACACUUGAGGUUGAGCCAUCAGACACCAUUGACAAUGUCAAAGCUAAAAUCCAAGACAAAGAAGGAAUUCCACCAGACCAACAGCGUCUCAUCUUUGCUGGUAAACAACUUGAAGAUGGCCGCACCUUGUCAGAUUAUAACAUUCAGAAAGAAUCGACACUGCAUUUAGUCCUUCGUCUGAGAGGUGGUAUGCAGAUCUUUGUCAAGACCCUCACUGGCAAGACCAUUACACUUGAGGUUGAGCCAUCAGACACCAUUGACAAUGUCAAAGCUAAAAUCCAAGACAAAGAAGGAAUUCCUCCAGAUCAGCAGCGUCUCAUCUUUGCUGGCAAACAACUUGAAGAUGGCCGCACAUUGUCAGAUUACAACAUUCAGAAAGAAUCAACACUACACUUGGUCCUUCGUCUGAGAGGUGGUAUGCAGAUCUUUGUCAAGACCCUCACUGGCAAGACCAUUACACUUGAAGUUGAACCAUCAGAUACCAUUGAAAAUGUCAAGGCAAAAAUUCAAGACAAAGAAGGCAUUCCUCCAGAUCAACAGCGUCUCAUUUUUGCUGGCAAACAACUUGAAGAUGGCCGCACCUUGUCAGAUUAUAACAUUCAGAAAGAAUCAACACUGCACUUGGUCCUUCGUCUGAGAGGUGGUAUGCAGAUCUUCGUAAAAACACUCACAGGCAAGACCAUUACACUUGAAGUUGAGCCCUCAGACACCAUUGAAAAUGUCAAAGCCAAAAUCCAAGACAAAGAAGGCAUUCCUCCAGAUCAACAGCGUCUCAUCUUUGCUGGCAAACAACUUGAAGAUGGCCGAACCUUGUCAGAUUAUAACAUUCAGAAAGAAUCAACACUGCACUUGGUCCUUCGUCUAAGAGGUGGUAUGCAGAUCUUCGUAAAAACACUCACAGGCAAGACCAUUACACUUGAAGUUGAGCCCUCAGAUACCAUUGAGAAUGUCAAAGCCAAAAUCCAAGACAAAGAAGGAAUUCCACCAGAUCAACAGCGUCUCAUCUUUGCUGGCAAACAACUUGAAGAUGGCCGCACUUUGUCAGAUUACAACAUUCAGAAAGAAUCAACUCUGCACUUGGUCCUUCGUCUAAGAGGAGGUAUGCAGAUCUUCGUAAAAACACUCACAGGCAAGACCAUUACACUUGAAGUUGAGCCCUCAGACACCAUUGAGAAUGUCAAAGCCAAAAUCCAAGACAAAGAAGGAAUUCCACCAGAUCAACAGCGUCUCAUCUUUGCUGGCAAACAACUUGAAGAUGGCCGCACUUUGUCAGAUUACAACAUUCAGAAAGAAUCGACUCUGCACUUGGUCCUUCGUCUAAGAGGAGGUAUGCAGAUCUUCGUAAAAACACUCACAGGCAAGACCAUUACACUUGAAGUUGAGCCCUCAGACACCAUUGAGAAUGUCAAAGCCAAAAUCCAAGACAAAGAAGGAAUUCCACCAGAUCAACAGCGUCUCAUCUUUGCUGGCAAACAACUUGAAGAUGGCCGCACUUUGUCAGAUUACAACAUUCAGAAAGAAUCGACUCUGCACUUGGUCCUUCGUCUAAGAGGAGGUAUGCAGAUCUUCGUAAAAACACUCACAGGCAAGACCAUUACACUUGAAGUUGAGCCCUCAGACACCAUUGAGAAUGUCAAAGCCAAAAUCCAAGACAAAGAAGGAAUUCCACCAGAUCAACAGCGUCUCAUCUUUGCUGGCAAACAACUUGAAGAUGGCCGCACUUUGUCAGAUUACAACAUUCAGAAAGAAUCGACUCUGCACUUGGUCCUUCGUCUAAGAGGAGGUAUGCAGAUCUUCGUAAAAACACUCACAGGCAAGACCAUUACACUUGAAGUUGAGCCCUCAGACACCAUUGAGAAUGUCAAAGCCAAAAUCCAAGACAAAGAAGGAAUUCCACCAGAUCAACAGCGUCUCAUCUUUGCUGGCAAACAACUUGAAGAUGGCCGCACUUUGUCAGAUUACAACAUUCAGAAAGAAUCAACUCUGCACUUGGUCCUUCGUCUAAGAGGAGGUAUGCAGAUCUUCGUAAAAACACUCACAGGCAAGACCAUUACACUUGAAGUUGAGCCCUCAGACACCAUUGAGAAUGUCAAAGCCAAAAUCCAAGACAAAGAAGGAAUUCCACCAGAUCAACAGCGUCUCAUCUUUGCUGGCAAACAACUUGAAGAUGGCCGCACUUUGUCAGAUUACAACAUUCAGAAAGAAUCAACUCUGCACUUGGUCCUUCGUCUAAGAGGAGGUAUGCAGAUCUUCGUAAAAACACUCACAGGCAAGACCAUUACACUUGAAGUUGAGCCCUCAGACACCAUUGAGAAUGUCAAAGCCAAAAUCCAAGACAAAGAAGGAAUUCCACCAGAUCAACAGCGUCUCAUCUUUGCUGGCAAACAACUUGAAGAUGGCCGCACUUUGUCAGAUUACAACAUUCAGAAAGAAUCAACUCUGCACUUGGUCCUUCGUCUAAGAGGUGGUAUGCAGAUCUUUGUAAAAACACUCACAGGCAAGACCAUUACACUUGAAGUUGAGCCCUCAGACACCAUUGAGAAUGUCAAAGCCAAAAUCCAAGACAAAGAAGGAAUUCCACCAGAUCAACAGCGUCUCAUCUUUGCUGGCAAACAACUUGAAGAUGGCCGAACCUUGUCUGAUUAUAACAUUCAGAAAGAAUCAACCCUGCAUUUAGUGCUUCGUCUCCGUGGUGGCUAUUGAAUGGCUAAGUUUAUCUUUACGCUAUUCAUUGAAUUUAGGACUGGCCUUUUUUUUUUCCCCCCCAAUCUAGUUAAGAUCAAUACUAGUAAUCUUUUGUUACUAGGUAUCUUAGUCAAGUAAGCGAUGAGUAUUUAUUUUUGAAAACUUUAUUCCUUUAUUUUGUAAGCAAAGAGAAAAUAAAUAAAAGCAUAUUUUAUUUGGA